GUCUAAAGUGGACAGAGGUUAGAGCUGAAGCGCGGCCCGGGGAAGCAUGGAGGCGGCAGAGACUAAGGCGGAGGCUGCUGCCCGAGAACUGCUUCGGCCGCUAACAAGGGAGAACUCUGGAGAGCCUAGACCCAGGGAUCCAGCCCCCCGUCCUUGCUCCUCCUCAGGGCCCUGGCCAAGGUGGCAGACAUCCUGGAGCCUAUAGGUCUUCAGGAGGAGGCAGAACUGCCCGUGCAGAUCCUGGCUGAGUUUGUGAUGGACUCCCGGAAGAAAGACAAGCUACUCUGCAGCCAGCUUCAAGUAGUAGACUUCCUGCAGAAUUUCUUGGUUCAGGAAGGCACUGCCCAGGACCUGAACCCCUUGGCUUCUGAAGACAUGAGCCGGCAGAAGGCAAUUGAAGUCAAAGAGCAAUGGAAAGAGCUGAAGGCCACCUACCAAGAGCACGUGGAGGCCAUCACAAGUUCCCUGACCCAGGCACUGCCCAAGGUGGAGGAGGCCCAAAGGAAGCAGGCCCAGCUCCAGGAGGCCCUUGAACAACUCCAGGCCAAGAAGCAAGUGGCCAUGGAAAAACUCAGAAUAGUCCAGAAGCAGUGGCAGCUACAACAGGAGAAGCGUCUGCAGCAUCUGGCAGUGGUUUCUUCAGAGGUGAGGGAGCGUCAGACAGGAACUCAGCAGGAGCUUGAACGGCUGUAUCAGGAACUUGGAACCCUGAAGCAGCAGGCAGAGCAGGAGCAGUACAAGCUGCAGAGGCACCAGACCUUCCUCCACCUGCUAUAUACCCUUCAGGGUAAGCUGCUAUUCCAUGAGGCUGAGGCAGAGGCAGAGAUGCCACAAGAGCUGGAUCUUCCUAAGGAUAAGCCCCAGCAGCUGACCCAGCCCCAGGAGCAGAACAUUCGGGACACCAUGGGGAGAGAUGAGGGUGUGUCCUCCAAGGCCAACAACCCACAGCCUGCUGGAGAUACAGGCUUACCAUGGCUUCCUGGGAGACAGCAACAUGGGGAAGGAUCCUAGAGCAGGUCAGACUCCAACUCAGGCCAUGGUGUGUGUCCCUGGACUGUAGGUAUGGCAGGCGAGGGUCUCUGGUCUAUCUGUCUCUGUUUCUGUGCUCCGCUGUUCAUGGAGGGGAUGGGACAUGGGAAGGAGCAAGGAGUUUAUCUUAUGGAUGAAGUUUUGUACAUUAUCCCCAUGCCCAGCCUACCCUGGGCUAAUCCCUCUCUUCCUCUUCCCCAGCUCUCUGGCCUCACCCACAUUGCAGGA